UGUUCCCCGACCGGAGGAUGUUGAGGUGGUACCCGACUAGAGGAGCGGAUGCGCUGAGCGGGUUGAGGUGUCUCAUCAGCUGACCGAGCGGCGGUCAACGUCCAUGUGCGGAUAACUACUCUUCAGGACGAGGUCGGAUCCCCCUGCGUUUCUCCUCUUUCCGGAGUGGUCUCUCCCGUGUUGCUGCCAUGUUGGCUUCAGCCUAGUGCUGCAGCCGGACUUCAGGGAGCAAAGUUUCCCUUCACCUUGUACACAAACCCCGGGUGGUCCCCGGGACGUCGCCCGAACCGCGGGACCAGUGAAGCUACCGGCCAACGCGAGGCGGAGAGGGAGAGAGAUAGAGAGAGAGAAGAGGGAGAGAGAGAGAGAGACAGAGACAUAGACAUAGACACGCGAAUGCGAUGAUCGCUCUGCAGGCCAACAGAACCUGCGUGUGCAUGGGUUUGAUCUAAGGUUGCAGAUAUCCAUGCAUCAUCGGUGUUGAUCACCAGCUCAGUGAGAUGUCCGUGCAGCAGCCGGGCCGGCGGGCGGCCCACACCGGCUCCAUCCUGCUCACGCCGCAGGAGAACGACUGCCUCUUCGGGUACCUGGGCAAGAAGUGCCUGGCCCUGUGCUCCGCCGUGGUCCAGGUCUACGCCGCCGACCGGAGCUUCUCCUGGGCCAAGCGGUGCUGCGGGGUGGCCUGUCUGGUGAAGGACAACACCCAGAGGUCCUACUACAUCAGGGUGCUGGACAUCAAGGACGGGAGCAGCCUGUUUGAACAGGAGCUGUACAGCAGCUUCUCCUUCAGCAGCCCGAGGUCCUACUUCCUCAGCUUCCCCGGAGACAGCUCCCAGGUGGGGGUGAACUUCGCCAGUGAGGAGGAGGCUCGGCGGUUCCGCUCCGCCCUCAACGACCUGCUCGGCCGGCGGCAGCGCAGGGCAGGUGGGUGACCCCUGACCCCUGCCCUUGAUCCCCCCUCAGGUCCGUCGCUCCCCUUGGCCACGGUGGACAUGAAGAACCCAGAUAUCAACAGCAUGCGGUUCCAUAACUCCCAGAACAACAGGCUGGUCCACCGCAAGGACAAGAAGACCAAGAGCAAGAAGAAGAGGCUCACCAAGGCGGACAUCGGCACGCCCAGCAACUUCCAGCACAUCGGCCAUGUUGGCUGGGACCCCAACACUGGGUUUGAUCUCAACAACCUGGACCCAGAGCUCAAGAACCUGUUCGACAUGUGCGGCAUCUCGGAGGCCCAGCUGAAGGACCGUGAGACGUCCAAGGUCAUCUACGAGUUCAUCGAAAAGAAGGGCGGCGUGGAGGCCGUGAAGAACGAGCUCAGGAGACAAGCCCCCCCACCCCCACCCACCCGUGGCGGACCCCCUCCCGUCCCACCUCCCCCCCCCUCCAGAGGAGGCCGGGGAGCCCCUCCUCCGCCCCCACCCUCCAGAGCCCCCUCUUCCGCUCCCCCUCGACCCCCUCCCGCCCGGCCCGGCACCCUGGGGGCCCCUCCCCCCCCCCCUCCCCCCCCGCCCACCAGAGGGGGCCAAGCCCAUCACAAUCACCAAGCUCCUCCUACUCCCCCGGCCCAGUCUCCUCCCCCUCCCACCGCUCCACCCCUCUCGAGCUCCGCCCCCGCCCCUCCCCCUCCCCCUCCUCCUCCCCCACCGGGACCCCCACCCCCCACAGAGCCCGACGGAGGAGGAGGAGGGGGGGGGAAGUCAGCCCUGCUGGAGCAGAUCCGUGGGGGUGCCCAGCUGAGGAAGGUGGAGCAGAACCCGACCCAGACCCAGACCCAGAGCCCCGCCCCCCCGGGGGGCCGCGACGCCCUGCUGGACCAGAUCAGACAGGGCAUCCAGCUGAAGACUGUGACGGAGCAGCAGGACUCGGGCCCCGCCCCAUCGGCUGGGAUCGUGGGGGCGCUGAUGGAGGUGAUGCAGAAGAGGAGCCGAGCCAUCCACUCCUCAGACGACGACCCCGACGAGGAGGAGGAUGAAGACUUUGAGGAUGAUGAUGAGUGGGACGACUAGCCUACGAGACCUUCCUGUAUUUAUUGUUGCCUUUAAAUCCUUUUGUAGCGUUCACUCCUCCUUCGUUUCAUCUGGAUACCUUCCUGAGCACCCCCUUCCUCCAUUUCCUGUUUAACGAUGACAGCAUCCUGUGGUUGCAGGCCAGCUUGCUAAUAGCAGCUAAGGAGCUACGCUAGCGGUGCGUCGGGAGGUUUUUUUAUCAUGUUUCAGCGUUCCGAAGGCGAAAGUAUCUUCUGUGUUUUCAUGACGGAUCAGAAACAGUUUUCCGAUCCUCAUUUCUUUACCAUCUCUGUGGUUUUCUUACUCAGUCUUAGUUUAGCACACCUACCUAAACAUCUGGAUGUACUAAAGUAGGGUUGACUGAAACACUUAAAGGAUUAAUGUGGCUGUUGACUUUAGUUGUUUUUUGUUGUGUGUGUGUGCGUGAGUGUGAAUAUAAAAGUUAAGGUUUGAAUAAAAAUACCAUUUAAAUCACUAUUAGGGGAGAAACUGCAGACUACUGUCUGUAGUCCUUCUGAGCGUACUUAGCAUCACAUUGCUACGUCGCAUUACGCUGUUACCACGGUAACUACUAAAACUUGUUUCGCUGUAGAACGCUAGUGUUAGCAUCCGACUAUCUUACAGACACCUAAUAUCAAACUCUAACAAGCUUGUGUGACGCAACAUAUCCGUGAAUGCCUGAGAAGACAUAAAACAAGCCGUUAAUUGACCAACGUUUUGGCAAAAAGCUUAUUUUAUUUGAGUGCUUUCAGACAUGGCUGCCCAUGACUUCCUGUUAUAACAGGAAGUGGGCUCUGACACGCAGCUGCACCCCAGAGACUAAACGCUGCAUCCACAGAUGAGAGUAAAAGAUUGAAAUAAAUGUUGACUUUACAGACCUGG